GCACGCAGCCUCAGAUUGAAGCUAUUACCUAUGUCAUGACACCGACAGAUGUUGUUGUCGCUGUAGCACUAGCUAGGUAGCUAGCUGUUCAAGUGUAAUGUUGCCAGCUAGCUGAACUGUUCAUGCUGCAGUUAUGUAGAUACGAGUGAUACUUUAUCUUGUGAGACAUAUGGUAAUCCGUCCAUGAUUUGGUCGUUGCAAACCACUUUUGCGGUAAUUGCAAACAAGAAAAUAGAACUUCAACUAAGCUAGUAGCUAACUAGCUACCUAGCUUCUUUGGAACCAACAGCAAGCAACAAAAUCAAGAAAACAAUGUGGCAGAGUGUCGGUCUCACAGUGCUGGUCAUUGUGGCAACUCUUGUAUGCGCAGUGCUCUUCAUGUUGUUUGGUUGGUAUGUAGUCUGGCAGCUCUUUCUGUCAAAGUUCAAGUUCCUGCGUGAGCUGGUGGGCGAUGCAAGUUCUCCCCAGGCAGAGGCCCAGCCCUCCGAGGCCAGGACUGAGCGCGUCUCUGCCCCCGGCACACGCCAGCGACCCAAGACGGCUCGCCUCAGGACUGGCCCUGAAAGCGCUACGUAGGCCCCCCCCCCCCCCCCCCCCCCCCCCCCCCCCCGGUGCUCCUCACCCUGCUGUUCACCUAACGCCGACCCACUUGGAACCAUCCAUGGAUGCCCCCCGCCCCUACUAUCAUGUCUGUCGCAUCCACCGUUGAACACUGCACUACCUAAGGACCUUAUUGACUGCCCUUACUCUGCACCACUUUUUAACUGACUAGGCUUAGCAAAGCUGCUGAUGUUUAAAGGACAAGCCAUUCAAUCAUGGGGUGUUCUUCAUGCCACUUGUACAAGUAUAACUGUGUGUUUUGUUGUGCACCAUCUGUGUUGUGAGCAGCAUAGUCAAGGCCUGUGCUGGUCGAGGGCCUGUGUGUGGAUGUCUGGCUGCUGCCACCUGGAGGUCUGUGACUCCACACACCAACACACUUAAGUAAGAACUGUUAAGACUGCUAAGACUGUUUCCGUGUGUGCGCACUAAUAUGACUAUGAAUAUGUUUGUUUUUUAGCCGGGCCUACUCAGAUAAAGACAGAUAUUUGUUGUAGAGGGACAGCAGGCUUAUAUAUGAGGCUAAAUCCAGAAUUUCAACGGUGGAUGAAAAUCGUCAAAAGAGAAACUGAAUAAAAAAAUAUGUAGCUAACUGACAA